AUGCCUGAUACUGGUGCUGUUGACCAUAUUUUCUGGCUGACAGUAGGCCCUGGAUAUGCUGGCAGAGUGGUCCUCCAUGAAUGUGUGGAAUAUGGUUGGACCCCGGAGCCCACGAUCCGCCUCGCCACCCCAGAAGACUACGACAGAAUCACGACUCUCGCUCAUGCAGCUUUCGUGGGCGACCCAGUUUUCCACUACUUUGGUAGCCUCCGCAAGCACCUAGAUCCCGUCACGGACGUGAAAGAAAGCGAAAACCUACGACGUUUCCUCCGAUUCUUGUUAAACACCUGCACUCUGAGUGGAGGCCGUAUCACCGUCGCGUUGUCCAAGAACGCAGGGGAAGAAGAUAAAGUCGUCGCAGCCGCAUUCUGGCUUCCCCCGAACAAACGUCUGGCUCUUUGGAAAGUCCCAACUCUCAUUCGCGCUGGGGUGAUACCGAUACUGAAGCGGUGGGGUUUGGCUGGGUUAAUGCGCAUAGGAUUUGAGUAUCUCGACUCCAGCCACGCUGCAUUAGAGAAGGGGUACAAGGGAAAGGGUUCAAAGGAAUCGCCCGACGCUUCUUGGUACCUACAACUUAUAAUGACCGACCCCGAAUACCAAGGACAAGGAAUGAUGUCGAGUCUCGUUCGGGAAGCAUUCGCACAUGCUCCCAAUUCUAUAUUCACCCUCGAAUCGACCACCUCAAAGUCGAGAGAUCAAUAUCUUCACCUUGGAUUCGAGAUCGUUAGCACUCUGAAGCUAGGAAAAGGCAAGGUUGACAAGACGGGCAUUCCUGCGUCUGGCGAGAGCGCAACUGGUGUCGAGUGUUAUUCGAUGGUCAAGUGGAGAAGUGAUUAUGGUUUGGCAAUCAGCCGACUGGAAUAA